GUGACCGUCAUGAAGUAACGUUAACGGGGGACAGAGCGGAGCGGAUCCGUCAGUCGGUUAGUGUCCAGGGGAAGGAGGCAGGCUGAGCGUCGGGAUAGAGGAAAAAUGGGAAUAACUCCCCGUAGAUGCGCUUCGUUCCGGUCCAUAUCCACGGUGUAGACUCGGAGAACCGACCGUACACCGUGUCUGGUUCUCCGGCUGACAGCGGAUCCACCGCAGCUAGCUGGGUUAGCAGCCCGCCGUCACCUACCGGGCGGGCAGGCGGGCGGGCGGCAGAGGAGAGCCGAGGAGGGGCUGUGACAAAGGAAGGAGCCAUGAACCGCUUCAGAAAGUGGCUCUAUAAACCCAAGAGGACGGACCCGCAGCUCCUGGCCCAGUUCUACUACGCUGACGAAGAGCUCAACCAGGUGGCCACUGAGCUGGACAGCCUGGAUGGCAGGAAGGACCCUCAGAGAUGCACGCUGCUGGUCAACCAGUUCCGGUCCUGCCAGGACAACGUGUUGAACAUCAUCAGCCAGAUCAUGGAUGAAUGUAUCCCCAACGACCGCGCCAACAGAGACUUCUGCGUCAAGUUCCCCGAGGAGAUUCGCCAUGACAACUUGGCGGGACAGCUGUGGUUCGGAGCGGAGUGUCUGGCUGCAGGCUCCAUCAUCAUGAACAGGGAGAUAGAGAGCAUCGCCAUGAGACCCCUGGCGAAAGACCUGACGCGCAGCCUGGAGGAGGUGCGCAGCAUCACCAGAGACCAGGCCCUGCGAGACCUCAACUUCUACACAGACCGCAUGAAGGACGCUUUACGACAUUUCGACAGCCUUUUCGCUGAGUUUGAGCUCAGCUACGUGUCAGCCAUGGUGCCUGUGAAAAGUCCCAAAGAAUAUGACGUGCAGCAGGAGGUGAUUGUCCUCUUCUGCGAAACUGUUGAACGGGCGCUCCGGCUGGGCUACCUCACCCAGGACAUGAUCGAUGACUACGAACCUGCUCUGAUGUUUACCAUUCCCAGACUGGCCAUUGUUUGUGGGCUGGUCGUUUAUCCUGAGGGACCACUUAACCUCGACCGGAAAUCUGAGGACAUGUCAGAGCUCUUCAGGCCUUUUCGCACUUUAUUGAAGAAAAUCAGAGAUCUCCUGAAGACUCUGACUGAGGAGGAGCUGCUGACUCUGGAAAAGAACCUGUGCAUCUCCCAGGACGGGGAGUUGGCCUCAAACGGCAUCCCGGUUCUGGUCCAGGAGAACCCGACUUCCCGCAGCCUCACCAACGACGCCCCCAACGGGCAGGGCGGCGGGGAAGAGGACCCGCUCCCCGUGUUCGUCUCCCCUGACCAGGAUGAGGAGAUGGCGGAGGUGGAGAGCGGCUGGGAGGAGGUGGAAACCCAAAGCGGCGAGGAGGAGCCGGAGCAGGGCCUGCUGUGCGAGGAGGCGGAGGAGGCGGAGCUGGCCUGCUCCAUGCAGUACGACGAGGAGGAGCUGGAGCAGCUCAACAUGAUGGUGUACAGGGUGGGGGACGAAAUGUCCACGCUGCUGUCCCCGCCCAGCCAGGGCCAGUCCCCGGCCCGCCGGCCCAGCAGGGGGGAGCCCCCGGGCUCCAGCGGGGCCUCCAGCACGCAGGCGUCGCCACGCAGGUUGGCGGCGAACCGAAUCAGAACCGGCAUCUACGUGGAGGAGGAGGAUCGGGUUUUCUUCAUGGAGGAUGUCGACGCAGCAGGAGACGGCAGCUGCAUCGUGUCUCCUGAAGCCCUGCCUAAAGGAUCGACGCCUCCGCUGCAGCAGAAACCCGGACCCGGUUCUGGUAUCAACGGAUGGAGCUCUGCGACAACGUCGGAGCAGCCCUGUCCCGCGGCAAAGCGCCCCCUCUGCUCCCACGCCCCCGGCAAUGAGCCGCUGCCUUACAGCAACGGCUGGGACAGGGGGUCAGAGGGCACUGCGUCAGAAACGGCGGAGGUCAUCGCCCACCGCAUGGGCGGGAUGAAGCUGUCGGCCACCGUCAUCUUCAACCCGCGCUCACCCAGCCUGACGGAGCUGGCCGUGGACAAGCUGCUGCUGACCCGACCGGCUGCAUCCGAGAUCGAGCCCUGCGGCCCCCUAGUGGCCACCCACUGUCUGCUGAACUCCUGCGUGUGCUGCGGGAGCUGCGAGGACGCUCACGAAGACGGCGGCGUCGCCUCAGAUACCGCCGGCUUGGAGCUGGGCCUGGCUUUGGGUCUGGACAAACACUGCAAGAGGCCGGCGUCCAGCGCCGUCAUCCAGUCCGCCGCCUGCCAGCUGCCGCCGCGCGCCCACCAGCGGUUCGCUAAGGGCGAGCUCGCCCAGCACACUCCCACGACCGCCCGCCGCCCUGGGGAUCCGCCGGCGGAGGGCUCAGAUUCGCUGCUCUGUGACAAGUGCCUGGUGGCUCCAGGACGGGGCUCCAGAGGAGGCCAGGGAGCGUCAACGUUCAGUCAGCCGUUCAGGAGGCAGCAAGCCGGCGAAGCCCGCCAGCGAGAGAACAACCCGGACAACGACAGGAUAGACAAUAAGGAGCCCAGGGAGGACAUUAGGAGAUGCUCCAGUUUUCAGAAGUCGCCCCUCAGCUCUGUGUCAGGUAGUGAUUGCGACAGUGUGUCGGUCACCACAUGUAGUCUGUCGAGCAGUGCUUACACUCCAAGCCCCGUCAGCAGCCUGACUCCGAGCUCAGGGACUUCGGAGGACCUGGACCAGCAGGAGAUCAGGCUGGCCCUGCAGGACGCCAGGGUGGCAGCGAGGAGCAAGAUCCGCUCCCGGUUCCACAGCAGCAGCGACCUCAUCCACCGUCUCUUCGUUUGCAUAUCAGGCGUCGCCGAUCAGCUGCAGACCAACUACGCCAGCGACCUGCGAAGCAUCCUGAAGACUCUCUUUGAAGUAAUGGCGACGAAGUGCGAGCAAGGAGACAACGAUAAGCAAAAAAAAGUAGGCCCCGUUCUGCGCAGUGCGGUGCUGGAGGAUUGUGCUCUCUGUCAGGAAACUAUUUCUUCAUCUGAACUGGCAGCCAAAGCCCGGGAGGGACAGUUCGAAGAUCCUCCAGACUGGGUCCCCGACGACGCCUGCAACUCCUGCAUCGCCUGCAAGGCUCCCUUCACCGUCAUUCGCAGGAAGCAUCACUGUAGGAGCUGUGGGAAGAUCUUCUGCUCCCGCUGCUCGUCCCACUCGGCUCCGCUGCCGCGGUACGGCCAGGUGAAGCCCGUCCGGGUCUGCACCCACUGCUACAUGUUUCAUGUCACGCCUUUCUACAGCGACAAGCCCGCCGUCUGAUCCCAGGUCAGAACCAGAAAGCACACCGUCUGCUCCAAGAGCAUAAUAUGCAACGGACAGAUUCACUCCACAGUGCUCCAGAGAAACCUUAAAGGUCAUGAUUGUAGUUACUGACCUCAGUAGCUGGACCUCAGCCCAGAACCUCGGGUCUGAUUGUAGGAACGCUGAGGCGUCAGCAGAACUGAACGUCCAGUCGCUCUGCAGUCUGCUUCACAGAAUCACAACACUUUUCCCUUCUGCAGGUGUGAAUAAUGAAGCUUCCUGUUUACUUCUGUGAGCUUCCCAUCUUUGUCCCGGUGCUGGCGCUCCAACAGAACUCAGAUCAGUAAAGCUGGGCGAUACGGCUGAAAAGUUUUACCUCAGAUCUGGUUUCCAAUUUUUUUCUUUUCUAAAAAAUAAACUAAUAUUUUUAUUUCAAUCUGAUAGGCUGUAUGACAGAGUACCAGAGCCAGGCUGCAAAAUGUUCUUUAAUUAUGAGAAUAAUAUAAUGUUGGCAGAAUAAUUUCACCAAAAGAACAUCUUAAAAUUACAGGAAAAUAGAUUUUAAUGAGAACAUAUUUUAUUUAUGAGGAUCUGACAUGAGCAGAUCAGUUUGUUGUUCUAAAUAGAAACAUUCAUUUCAAAGUCCUCCUAUUGACAAUAUUUAAUACUGACAUGUUAAAAAAAUUUAUUUUCAUAUUUAAAACCGAUACUAAAGUAUAAUUUCACAAGAUGCUCAACAUUUAAAUUUCUGAUCCUUUUUCUGUCAGAGUUUUCAUUAAAUUACAACUUCAUCCUCCUAAAGUUACAUCUUUAUUCUGGUAACAUUAUGACCUUAAUUUUAAAUGAAAUUGUAGCCUGGCCCUAAUAUUUCAUUGUAGAGUUAAAUUGAAUUCAAAAUCCAAAUAAAUAAAAGCUUUUCAGACAAGAUGGCCGCCCUGGCCGCGCUCACGUCUGAGCUAAAGAAUCCCAGAAACGCAUCGGUAAAAAAAAAUCCAGAUUUCCAAAAUAAAAUAUCUUCCAAAGGCAAAAGUCCAAUGUAUCGAUCAAAUCGAUUUAUCGCCCAGCCUUUCGGGUCGGAUCAGACGAAUGUAAGUCAAACCACCAUGUAAAUAAUGAUUCUGUCUGCAAGCAACGGAGCCACUAAACAAACUCAGCAGGCUGAAACUGAAACACAGGUAUCUUUUGAUAUGAGCUUUGUGAGAGUUUAGUUUUUUCUAACGUGAUGAAUGUCUAACUGUGUUUGGGAGACGAGGUCUGGAUCGAAACUUUGCAUCGAGUUUUUCUGCACUGAGAAAAAAACAUAAAGUCUUACCAAGUAUUUUGGACUAAUUUCUAAUUCAAACAUUUUACUAUAUUUGAAGUGAGACAAAAGUAACUUAAAAGUAACUUUUCAGCUAAAUAUAAGAGCUUGUUUUAAGUCAAUAAUUCCUAAAUAUUGAUGAAAAUUAAAAGAUCCAGUGGCAGAUUGUUUCACUUAAAACAUGGGGAAAUGUUUUGCUAUGAUUUAAAUAAUCUGCCAGAUUAAAUAAUCUGCUAGAACUUUUUCAUUAAGAGUAAGAAAAACAAACUGAUGUCUUAUUUUACGUGCACUAAGAUAUUUGCGAUCACGGCCUUUAAAAUGGACAGAAAAACUGAGGAGUACAUUUCCAAGAAACAAGUAGAAAUUUUGAGAUUAAUUUCAGAAUUAUUUUAGAAAAAAGAACUUGCAAAUCUCGGUUGAAAAGUUGAAAAUGUAAAAAAUAAAGAUACUUAAAAUUUUUUAGAUUAAUUUGAGACACCUUUUAGAAAAAAAAACCUAGUAAUUUUCUUAAAUGAAAAGGAUCAAAUUUUCAUCUAAGAAAAUUUCAUAGAAAAAAAUUUUUUUUCUUUCUAUGAAAAACUGAAAUUUCUGAGAUAGAAAAAUCAGAAAUUUUGAGAUUAAUUUCAGUAAUCUUUCUAAAAAAAAACUUGCAUAUUUCUCAGUUGAAAAGUUGAAAAUGUUCUAGAAAAUUAAAUGAAAUUCUGAAAUUAAUCUCAGAAAUUUUCUACAAAAAAACUGAAAUUUUAUUUUGAAACAUUUUCUAUGAAAAACUGAAAUUUCUGAGUUUGAAAAGUUGAAAUUGGCUUUCAAAAGUCAGAAAUUUGGGAGAUUAAUUUCAAAAAUUAAUCUCCAAAAUUAAUUGUAAUAUUAUGGCCAGGCUUUUCUGAAUUUGUCAUGGAAAUAUACUGCACCUCCUCUUUUCAUUUUUAUUUUUUGUAGAACGUUGACCCUGACAUGCAGUCCGAUAUCUACAGUAGUAAAUAGACCAGAAAUACUCAGUAGGAUUUUGUUUUUUUGCAGUGCAUCCCUUCACUGCGGUCAACCUUUGACCUUUUGGAGCUCAAACUCUCAGGUGCAGCCUUGCAGGAAUACAGGGCUGCCCAUCUUUCUUCUCUUCCUUAUCGCUUUAUUGGUGCAAUAUUGUUGAUUGCGACGCUUCUGCACACAAUGAGACAGACCUCUGAUAUUUUGAUUGCAGACAUUUUUCUUUCAGAAACACUUGUGUUCAAAAUAACAGCAAAAUAAAAACUAAUUCUGGUAUAAAAUAUACUAAUAAUUUACUGUGAAAUGUAGCAGAGCAAAAUAAACCAACAGUAACACACAGAGCUGAUUAUUCUGAAUGUUAGCAGCCAGUUGAAAUAGUUUUAAUAAAAGUUAAUUUCAGGAAGAAAUAUGAACAAAAAAUAAAAUGAAAUUAUUCACUGAUUGAAAUCUUUGAGCAGUUUUCAGUUUAUACCAGGGGUUUGUUACAUGCACCAAAACCAUUUAUUGAAAAUGCCAAUGUAUAAAAUAAAAUAAAGUAGACAUAUUAUUAUUAUAGAUCCAAACAUUUAAAAUAAUUUUUCACAUUUGCUUUAUUAAACAAACUGCGUCCAGUUUUCAGAUUUUUUUGGGCUUGAUUAAAUAAAUUAUCAUUGUUUAUAAAAGCAAGAUUUGAGUAACUUUCUUUCUAUAAUAAAAUAAGUAAAUUCUGAUUUGAAUUCAUCAAAGUCAACUUUUCAGUAAAAGUAAAAGUGGUUCUACACAUUAGAGAAAUUUGGUCCUAAAAAUAUAAAUUAUUUGUGUUUUACUCAACAUUUUCCAUAAAAAAAAAAUUAAGUCACCAAUAAUUAAAAAACGAUUAAAAAUAAAAAGUUUAAAGAAUACAUGUGUGUCUUUCUCUAACAGCAGUUGGGGUCCCACAAAAAAGUAGCUCCAGGCCGGAAAUGGCCCCUGAGCCGCACUUUGAACACCCUUGGCUUAUCUACAUGAAAUUUUUGUCAAUUUCUGUUAAACAUUGAUACAUUUUUCUUCAUUUUUGAUGCAUAAUAGAGCAGUAAUUGAAAUGAAUUUUCCUCUAUGGAAAUUUUAAACACACUGCUGUUAUUUUGGACACAUUUCUGUUUUGGUAACAAUAAAAAUUAUAUUUCUCGGAGUAAAGAUGCUGAUUUGAGCCUUCGAUUAACGCUAAGGAGAAGUUUUUGAUUUGUUCGUUCUGCUCUGACCUGAAGCAGCUUCUCAGGCUUUAAAUGUUCAGAAUCACCCGGCGACCUUCAUUGCAUCUAGAAACACACUAAUUUUUUCUUUCAUAAAGAAUGCAUAUAACAUGGAACUGUAAUUACUAUGAUGUAAAGAAAAAAAAGGAAUCAUGCAGUAGUGAAAAGUGGGAUAUUCUGUUAUUUUUAUUAUUAUUUCAGAGCUUUGUCUUAUUUUGUAAAACUCUUAAUUCGUUUCCAUAAGAGCUGUGUAAAAUAUUCAACAGAUAAAUAAUGUUAUAUAGUUUUAAAUGGGAUGUAUAUUGAAAUAAAUAACUUUUCUGUUUGA